AUGAAACCAGAUAAGUCGAUAAUAAUCGAGGAGAGCCCACACACGGGCAGAAUAACCUUGCGGAUUCCGCCGUUCUGGCCAGAGGAACCAGAACUAUGGUUCGCACAGAUAGAGGGUCAAUUCGAACUGUGCCGAAUAACGAGCGACCACGAGAGGUACAUCCACGCCCUCUCUAAGAUAGAGCCGAAACAAGCAAAGGAAAGGCUGACAGACUCACAACAGUAUAGAAUACGCCAACUCCUAGAAGCUGAAGAAAUGGGAGACAGAAAACCAUGGCAGUUUCUACGGCAUCUGGCAACCCUCGCCGGGACUAGAAUUUCCGAAAAUCUGUUGCGCACUCUGUGGCUAGGACGACUGCCGGCCCAGACAAAAGCCAUACUAGCAACCCGGGGCGAGGACAACCUCAACAGCGUAGCGGAGCAGGCCGACAGGAUACACGAAAUCGGCGGUAAAACCGUAGUCCUAGUUACAAGCGGACCACAGCCGACAAAUCCAACGAAAAACACGCUAGAGGAACUCCAAAAACAAAUAGCCGCCAUCACAACAAAAGUAGAGAGAAUGACCAACGCCUGGGAAGGAAAUAGGUCGCGGAGCAGAACAAGAAACCGAUCCGGAGGUAGGAAGCACCGCCAGGUCUGCUACUACCACCGACGUUUCGGAACAAAAGCACGCAAGUGUGAGCAGCCAAUUCGUAGUAGACGAGAAGAGCGCGGAAAACACACAGGGCUCUCAAUGACGGCGGCCGUUGAAGACAGCCCAAAAUUAUGCCGCCUACACGUCACCGACAGGGUGACAGGUCGAAGAUUCCUUGUGGACACGGGAUUCGACAUAAGCAUAAUACCUCCCCCACAUAAGAGGGGUAACAUGAAACCAACCCUGUACCAACUGUACGCCGCCAAUGGCACGUUGAUACCAAUCCAAUACACGCAGCCGAUACUGGGAGCCGACUUCCUGGCGCACUACAGUCUCUUGCCGGACAUGCAGAGGAAGAGAUUGGCAGACGGAAAGACAGGCCUGACAACCAAAGGAAUCGCGAGCAACUCAUCAACGCCUUCCGUCAAAACAAUCGACACGCAAACCAAGUACCACGAGCUGUUAGCAAAAUAUCCGGAUCUGACGAACAUCUCAGGGCAACAGCGCGAGGCGAAACACGAAACACAACACUUUAUAAAGACAACGCCUGGCCCGCCCGAAGCAUGCCGACCACGCAGACUGGCCCCUGACAAGCUAAGAGCAGCCAAAACAGAGUUCGACCUGAUGCUAAGAGAGGAAUCAUACAACCUUCGAAGAGCCCGUGGUCAGCACCGCUACACCUGGUACCCAAGAAGAACCAAACAUGGCGACCAUGUGGAGACUACCGUAAACGCCAGGACAGUACCAGACAGGUACCCCAUACCGCACCUAGAAGAUUUCGCACACGCGUUGGAAGGAAAGACAGUAUUAUCCACGCUCGAUCUGGUCAUGGCCUAUUAUUACCAGAUCCCGAUACAUCCAUCGGACGUGCCAAAAACGGCGAUCACGACGCCGUUUAGCAUGUUCGAAUUUAACAUACUCCAAGACUUGGAGUACUGUUACGCAUACAUCGACGACAUCUUAAUAGCGUCGCAGACACUUGACGAACACAACCAGCACCUGCACGAAGUAUUCCAGAGGCUCGAUAAGCACGAAAUCAAAAUCAAUUCAGCAAAGUGCGUCCUGGGAGAAAGCAAGGUAGCGUUCCUAGGCUACGAAGUUUCGGCCGAGGGGACAAAACCUCCGGAACACAAAAUACAUGCUAUACGAGACUUCCCGAAACCGACAACAGUCAAGCAGUUGCGACGAUUCCUGGGGAUGACAAACUUCUACAGGAGGUUCAUACCAGGAGCAGCCCAAACACAGGCAGCCCUAAACGAGGUACUAAAAGGCAGCAAUAAGAAGGGAAGCAUACCAGUAGAGUGGACGCCCGAGCGUGAAGCAGCGUUCAACAAAACAAAAGAGAGCCUGGCUCAAGCAACUCUGCUAGCACACCCAGACGCAACAGCAAGGUGGCGAUCACUAAUCACAGACGCGUCAAACGUAGCAAUAGGAGCAGUACUACAGCAAGAGAAAGGACAGACUUGGCAACCACUGGCCUUUCUAAGCAAAAAAUUGAACAACGCACAAACGAAACGCAGCCCCUAUGACAGGGAACUACUGGCUGUAUACUCAGCGGUCAAACACUUCCAACACAUGCUGGAAGGCCGUCCAUUCACCAUCCUAACAGACCACAAACCACUGACGUACGCCUUCAAUCAGGAUCUGCUACGCAGCUCGCCAAGGCAGGCACGCCACCUAGAGUACAUAAGCCAGUUCACAACCGACAUCCGUUAUAUAGCAGGCAGGGACAAUGUAGUAACCGACGCCUUGUCCAGAACCGAAGAGGUACGACAAGGAAUCAACUUCGAGGACUUAGCCAAGGCCCAGGAGAGCGACACCGAGCUACAGGCAGUGCUAGAAGCCAAGAAAGGACUACGGCUGGAGAGGAUACCCGUGCCCGGCACCAAAACAGCCAUAUAUUGUGACACCAGCACAGCAAUAGCGCGACCGUACCUCACGCAGGAAUUCCGCCGACAAGCGUACGAAUCGCUGCACGACUUGGCACAUCCAGGCAUAAAGGCAACAAGCUGGACCAACACGGCGCUUCGAGCACAUCCACGUAGACCUCGUCGGUCCGCUACCAAGCUCAGAAGGAUACCGCUACUGCCUGACAGUAAUAGACCGUUUCACACGUUGGCUCGAAGCAAUACCGGUAACCGACAUAACGGCAGAGACGAUAGCAAAACAACUAUUCAGCACGUGGAUAGCGCGGUUUGGCGGCCCACUGAGAAUAACAACGGACCAAAGCCGUCAAUUCGAGGCCGACCUAUUCAAAAGGCUGACACAACUAAUCGGAGCCACCCACUGGAGAACAACAGCCUACCAUCCGCAGGCUAA